GACGUCAAUUGACUUGCUAAGCCGCCUCCAGAUUCACCUCUGCCCGUCUAACAUCUGCUCUGCUUCCAUCUCCAAGCCACCUGAGGGCAACGUCCUAGCACGAACGGCCUCGGCAUACUCUUCCCUUUCCACCUACCUUCUUCUUCCAGCCCUUUCAUCCAAUAUGGCAGAGUCAAACGGAAACGGGGCUUCGGCAGUUGGUCACGAGUCCAUCAAUACUGAUAUCAUCACCCUCACAAGGUUCUUGACUGAAGAACAGACGAAACACCCGGAAGCCACCGGGGAUUUCACCCUCCUCUGCCAUGCCCUCCAAUUCUCUUUCAAAUCCAUCGCAUACUAUAUCCGACGUGCUAGCUUGAUCAACCUCACCGGUCUCGCUGGCUCCUCCAACACCACCGGUGACGACCAGAAGAAGCUCGAUGUCAUCGGAAACGACCUUUUCGUUGCCUCCAUGCGGGGGUCUGGUAAAUGCCGUAUCCUGGUCUCUGAGGAAGAGGACGAGGCUAUUUUAUUUAAUGAAUGCAAGGGCGCUCGAUACGCCGUCGUUUGCGACCCUAUCGACGGAUCUUCAAAUCUUGACGCUGGUGUUUCCGUCGGUACAAUCUUUGGCAUCUUCCAGCUACCAGAGGAAGUCCUCAGUGAGAACUACACCGUCUCUGCAAAGGAUAUUCUACUCCCCGGAACGGAGCUUGUCGCCUCCGGAUUUACCAUGUACGGCGCCUCCGCGCAGCUCGUCAUCACCAUGAAGGGUGGCACGGUCAACGGCUUCACCCUCGAAAACUCCCUUGGCGAAUUCAUCCUGACACACCCUAACAUGCGCCUUCCUGCGAAGCGUGCCAUCUACAGUGUCAACGAAGGAAACUCAAUGUACUGGGAAGAGUGGGUCAAGGCGUACUUCCACGAGCUCAAGUUCCCAGCGAACGGCGGCAAGCCAUACAGCUCCCGUUACAUCGGCAGCAUGGUCGCUGAUGCCUACAGAACCCUUCUCUACGGAGGUAUCUUUGCCUAUCCCGCGGACUCCAAGAGUCCCAAGGGAAAACUUCGCAUUUUGUACGAGUGCGCCCCGAUGGCUAUGGUUUUCGAGAACGCUGGAGGCCAGGCUGUCAACUCAAGCAUGCAACGACUCCUCGAGGUCGUUCCUGAAUCUAUCCACGAUCGAAGCGGUAUCUUCCUGGGCAGCUUCGACGAAGUUCAGAAGGUUAUUGAUACUCACAAGAAAUUUGUCAACUAAACCGCGAUAUAAAUACCUUGGCGCCUUUAUCCUCUUAAUGUGGAUCAUUUCCUUGCUGAUAGCCAGCUUCUCCUUUUCAGACCACCCAUGGUAGCAACACCGCACAUAACCAUACUCACAUGCAUUGGAUCCUGGGACUCUUUUAACAAUAGGAUGAAGGCUGCUCAUACCCAACCCCGACAACUUACCUGUCAAAUUAAUGGCCAGCAAUUGGAUAUAUGUGUAUAUAUGAUGAAUGAAAAGAUUGGACCUAAAAUAUGAAUGAAACAGAAUAUAUGAUUA